AUGGCAGCCUUUGGGUUUGAAGGCAAUUUCUAUGCUGUUGGCGUUGUGAAUCUGAAGACAAUGAGUUUCCUAAAUGUCGAAGAUCCAGGCCAACUCCCUCCUGGAACUCCCCCGACGUACAAAUUCGAAGGACCGUGGUUCACGACCCAGCUAUUUCUUUCAUCGACAAUUGGCGUCACCUCAUUCUUGUUAUUUUCUUACUGCCGCACAAGAUGGCCACUACUUUUCGCUCCUAGAACGAAGCUAAAAGGCUGUUCCGAAGGUUUCUCGCCUCACGAAGCUCACACUCAUCAAGCAUUCUUCGGAUGGAUUCUACCCACCAUACGAACCUCGGAGUUCACUGUCCUUCAGAUAGUAGGACUGGACGCAGCUGUUCUCCUCAACUUCUUCAAGAUGUCCUUUCAGCUAUUCUCGCUGUGCUCGGUCUUUGCAAUUUUCAUCCUCAUGCCUAUAAACUGGAAGAACAAUGUCGGACUAGGAGAAUCAGACGGAGGGGACGACGACGACGACUGGCCGACUACGCGUGCAGCACCUGCUCCGGAUGGCCCGCAAACACCUUCUCGCGACUGGCUCGAUCUCAUCAGCGACGCAAACUCAUAUCUAUCAGCUCACCUCGCGUUCACAUACCUGUUCACAAUCCUGGCCCUCCGAUUCAUCCACAAAAACUACCGGAGGUUUAUUCGGUCGCGUCAGUUGUUCUCGCUAGAGCUUGUGCACUCGAUUCCUGCACGUACGGUCAUGGUCACGAAUCUACCAAACCACCUGCAAGGUGAACGUUCUUUAGCAGAGUACUUUGAGAAUAUGGGCCUGAGUGUUGAAAGCGUAAGCGUUUGCCGGGAGGUGCACUCGUUGAAGGUUCUCCUUGACAAGCGAACGGAGGCCUUGCUCGCGCUUGAGCGCGCUUGGGUCGACUAUGUUGGGAACCCUAGCACAGUUGAACAAUACGAUCCAUCCGACAGCGCCGCACCCCCGCUUGCUGAUAUUGAAUCAUCUGGAAUGGACAAUCAUAAUUCCAGAUUUGUUGUCCCCCACAAACCCCGACCUACCCUUCGUCCGAGAUGGUAUAGCGCCAAAGUCGACGCUCUAGAAUUCCUCGAGAAGCGCUUCCAAGAGGCUGACGAGCAAGUUAAGAAACGCCGCAAGACCGGAAGGUUCAAACCGACACAGGCAGCCUUUGUCACGUUCGAGAAGAUGUCCAGUGCCCAAGUCGCCAUGCAAGUCGCCCAUGCGCCGUUCCCUAUGCAAUGCACGACUUAUCCUGCACCCGAACCUCGCGAUAUUGUCUGGUCCAAUAUGACGCCGUCAACUACCAAUAUCCGGACGAGGGACACGAUCGUCCUCAGCGCCAUGGCCCUGCUCUUCUUCUUCUGGAUAUUCCCGAUCACAGCAUUGGCUAGUCUGCUCAGCUAUAGCGAAAUAAAGAAGGCCUGGCCGUGGCUCGGGAGAUUGAUAGAUUCGAACGACAAGAUUCAGGCUAUUGUGCAGAAUUCCCUUCCUUCCAUCGCGAUGAUAACAUUGAACGCGACAUUGCCACUUCUACUUGAGGCUUUGACGUACCUUCAGGGCUUCCGAGCUCGUAGUUGGAUCGAGUAUUCGCUCAUGAAGAAAUAUUUCCUGUUCCUUCUCGUCAAUGUUGUCUUCAUAUUCCUGCUCGCUAGCACAUAUUGGCAGCUCGUUCGGGACUUGGCCAAUUCCCCAGCGAAAAUACCCGAGAAGCUGGCGACAGCGCUUUCGGCAGGUCGUGCUAGGCACUUCUUCCUGUCCUAUGUUAUUCUCCAAGGUUUGGGUAUCAUGCCCCUUCAGCUUUUAAACCUAGGUGUCAUCAUACCCCGUGGCUUCUAUCGCCUGUUUCUGACCCGGACUCCCAGAGACUUCGCCGAGCUGAAUGCACCUCCGAUGAUUAAUUAUGGCGUCGUCUACCCCCAAGCCAUCUUGAUGUUUGUGAUCACUAUGUUGUACAGUGUCAACCAACCCCUCAUCGUCAUCUUCGGAGCUAUCUAUUUCGGCGUGGGGUAUGUCGUGUAUAAGUACAAACUACUAUUCGUAUUCUACAAGCCAUAUGAGUCGCAAGGUCAAGCGUGGCCGUUAACAUUUAUCCGGCUCGUCUGGGGCAUCGUUAUUUUCCUGAUUUUCAUGAUUGGCCUUUUCAUCCUUCGGAAGUCCUAUGUCCUAUCAUCCAUGCUCUCCCCGCUACUCCUCGCAACGGUUGUAUGGGCGUGGUACGUCCACAAAAACCUGAAGCCCCUCAGCAAGUUCGUGAGCUUGAGCUCUGUGCACGAAGUGGAGAGGGGAGAGGAGACGGCAGAUGUGACACGAAUAAGAGCAGGACACCCGGUGACUUGGUCGCAAAGCAACCUCAAUCGUAGGAGGUACGCCCAGAACGACGACACCCUCUAUGUCGCACCCGAAGACGAAAGAACGGAUUAUUCUCAGCCACCUAUGGCUAAUUGGUACAGCGGUGUUCUCAACACCGGAAAGAGGCGAUAUGGACACCCAGCCCUCAAUGGAGUCUUGCCUGAACCCUGGUUGCCUCUUAAGAAAGGUCAAACCCUCGUUAACAAUGACCAUCGCGGAAACGGCCGGACACACAAAGACAUCAAUAACCAAGCCGUCGUUCUAACGUUACGAAAACGACCAAGCGUUCGAAGAGGACCACGUCAAUCAAUAAAUCACGAUGCUAGCCACGAACCGUUGAUCCCAGGGAUACAGUUGGAUGACUCCAUAUCACCGAAUGUCUCCGCUGGAGGGUCCAGUAACCCUUGGGAUGACGUUCCACCGACCGCUCGCCGUGCGUCACACUCUACAUCACCGGGGUUGCAGCGAAGGCUCAGCUUCGACCAUGCGUCUGGUGUCAUAAUGCUACCUGACGAAGACGAUUGGCUUGACGAAGAAGAAGAUAGCGAUGCGGACUAUGGGACCGCAAGUGCCAUGUUGGAGCAACACGGUACUGAUCCAGUGACACCUACACCCGCUCCAGCCAUGUCUUUACCAGAAAGUGGGCCGUCCAGCCCCUUGGAAGAGAGGAAUUUGACGCCUGUGUCUCCUGCACGUUCGUCGCGUUAUGGCACCUACUUCCAUCAUCCGGAACGAAGACGCCAACCCAUCCCCGGUGCAUUCCCUACAACACGAAGUUGA